CUUGUGUGCCGCAAACAACGUCCAUUCUUGGUCUGGACGUCUGCGUCGCACGAGAAGCGAAUGGCGCCGAAUGGAUUCCCGGCAGACAACGUGUUCGCACCCGAUGCGCCUGUGCUCGACGACCUCACCAACGACACCGUGAUCUUCCUGGACUGGGACGAUACGUUGUUGGCAUCGACAUGGGUCGGCAAGCUGGGUCUGCGGCCGAAAUACGUGAACGAGAAACCCAUCAUCCCCGACGACGUCAAGUCCCAGCUGGAAGAACUUGAAGAUUGCGUCGUUGAACUGCUCGAGAGCGCCGUCAAGUAUGGUCGUGUCGUGAUCAUCACGGCGGCAGAAACAGGAUGGGUCGAGCUGUCCGCGUCACUGUUCAUGCCGCGGUGCCUCCCUAUCAUCAGCGAACACAUUAAGGUCGUUUCGGCACGGUCUACGUACGAAGACUUGUACCCUGGGUCUCCGAAGAAGUGGAAGAUUGAGGCGUUCCAGCACGAAGUGUACUACUGCGACAGCGUCGCCGACAACUCGUCGCCGCCCAAGCAUAUCAUUUCGAUUGGAGACGGUCCAACAGAGCGCGAGGCGCUAAUCAACCUGAAAAUGUCAUCGUCGGGGCGGUCGCCGUUCCACGCCAAGUCGCUCAAGCUCAUCACAUACCCAAACGCGAUCGAGCUCAAGAUGGAAGUGCGCCUUCUACUAGACAAUCUCCAUACGUUGUGUACACACGAAGAAGACAUGGACCUCCAGAUCUCCAAGGAGGCGAUUGCCGCCCAGUCGGCAUAAACGUGCCUUGCUCCGACAGUUUUAGUUCAGUCUCGCUAGAAUACCAACCACUAUCUAUUUCUC